CAAUCACAACCAAACAAGUCAAUUCUUCUCAUGCGCGAACAAUAAUCCUCAAUUGAAUUACCUCCAGUCCUCCAAGAACCAUCCUCCUGCGUGCUCAAACCCCCCCCCCCCCCACCACCAUCACCACAAAACAAAAUGGGCCUCCUCCGCUACUUCAUCCCCGACCAACAAAAACCCUCCCCCUCCACCGAUACCUCCUCAACCCCGACAACCUCAACAACCACCCCCCCAACCACCCCCUCAUCAGCCCGCCCAGCAUCCACAGAAUUCGACCCUCCGCUCCCCAAACUCUGGACGCCCCAAACCAACCUCAAACUCCUCCUCGGCGGCACAGCCUUCCUCGCCCUAACCGUCUUCACGACCCGGCGCGCAAUUCACCGGCGCCGGCUCGCCGCCAUCCCGCCCUUCUACACGAGCGCCCCGUACCACAAGCCGUCCGUCAGCGGGGGCGUCGAGGCCUUCGAGGCGCUCAACCUGGCGACGCUGAACGUGCUGGCCUUCGCCAUGAUGAGUACCGGGGGUGUGCUGUACGCGAUGGAUAUUAACAGUGUCGAGGAUAUGCGGCGGUAUGUGCGGCGGGCUUCGUUGAGUGAGGAGGAUGCCGCCAAGGGGUUGGAGGAGGGGGAUCGGGAGAUGGAGAAGGAGGUGGAGGCUUGGGCGGCUAAGGUGCUAGGGGAGAAGUUUGGGCGGGAGUUGAGGGCGCAGCGGGAGAGGGAAGUGUCUGACGCUGAGAAGGGGGAUGGGACUGAAACUAAGAAAGGGGAGUGAGGGUUGCUUCGUUUGAGGGGGAUACUGGGGGGAUGGGACGGGAUGGGACGGUGUUUAUGGUGCUUAUGGUGCUUCUGGACUGGAUAUAUCUCUACUUUGCAUGACAACAUACCCUACUCUUGUAUUUAUC